AUAAAAUUCCACGUUCAACCAGUAAUUGGAACGGUUAUCGAAAGUUUUAAGGAUAACAAAAAACAUGGAUUCAAAAAAACAGGAACACAGAAUCGAAUGCGAUUGUAGACCAGGCUGUUAUUGCAAGAUAUUCAAUUCCAGACGGAUUCGAUCUCAAUGUUUAACUGCAGAGUAUACCUUUCAUGAACUUGAGCAUGUUACUCAUUUACAAGACGAUUUGAAAAAAGGGAUAAAACCGAGGUUGCUUGAUGGUAAAACAUUAAAAGAAGUAGAAAUAGACUUUUUCGAGUACCGUGUGAAUGCUAUCACAUCAGCAAAUAAUUUGAUUCUAAACAUUGAAAAAUGUCCAUGUGCAAGAGAAAUCAUCAAGGGUACGGACUACGAAAAAAUGUACUUCGAAGCUAAAGAAAAACAUUCAGAAGCUAUCGAUAGACUUAUGAAAAUUAGCGAGGAAGAUAUCCUGCUGCUGAAAAAGGAUCAUCAUUACGAGAUUGAUUUGUGAUUACCUAUUAAUCAAUU